AGAAGGAAGUGCAAAAAAAAAAAAAAAAAUGGGCAACCGUGGCUAUAUUAAUGCGUGACUCGGUAAAUCCUGAUCAAGUAACCAGUAAUCUUCGUUCGAGAAAACAACUCCUUUUCAUCGGUAGCUAGAAGAAAAAUUCAACACAAUGAAGUACUUAUUGGUGAAGAUUUUUAUUAUUGUAGCCAUCAUUUCUCUGGCUAAUUCCCAGCAGAGUGCUUCAGAAACAACGCCCAAAACUGUUAAACAGGUAUCGACGACGGCUAAGCCUAUGGCUGGUGCUGCUACGACUGUUAAGCGUUCAUCGACAACGGUUAAGCGCGCAGGAACAACAGCUAAACCGAGAACAACUACUGUCAAACGCGCAGGAACAACAGCUAAACCGAGAACCACUACUGUUAGGCGUGGACCUGCACCCACAACUGCCAAGCGCGCAUCUACAACACCUAGACCUAGGACCACUACUGUCAAGCGCGCACCUACAACUGCUAAGCGCGCGUCCACUACGGUUAAGCGCACAGCCACGACCAAGAAAGUUUAAAUGAUUCAAUUCCGGCCAUCAUUUUCUUUGUUGUUUCUUCAAUCUUUACAUAUCUAUAGGCCCACAGUUAAACAUUCCAUCGUUGUUUCGAAUAUGAACAGGCCGUCUCUUUCUGAAUAAUACGACUCACUUUGCUAUUCUUAUUUAAUUGGCAGCGAUAUUUAGUAAAUAUAAUAUGCAGAAAUCGUU